AUGAGUGUGCUGUCAGAUUUGGACAACCUCUUGGUGUUGAUGUUCCCCCGUGGAUCUCAGGCUCUGCUGCUGUACCUGUGCUGGCAUUUCCUCUGCUCUGACAGGAUUUCUCUGUUGGCACCACUGCACCAUCGCCUGCAGUGUCAGAAUCAAACCCCCUUAGAGCUCUGUGCUGCUGCUGUAGUUGAUGGGUGGUACCAAGUUUCUUCUCGUUCAGAUUGCCACACGAGGGGGGAAAAGGUGAUGGAUAAGGCUUGGUGUUUGCUGGCUGUUCGCUGCUAUGAAUCGCUAAUUUUGAAAGCUGAAGGAAAGGUCGAGUCUGAUUUCUUUUGUCAGUUAGGUCACUUCAACCUCUUAUUGGAAGAUUAUCCAAAAGCAUUAUCUGCAUACCAGAGGUACUACAGUUUACAAUCUGACUACUGGAAGAAUGCUGCCUUUUUAUAUGGCCUUGGUUUGGUCUACUUCCAUUACAAUGCCUUUCAAUGGGCAAUUAAAGCAUUUCAGGAGGCGCUUUAUGUUGAUCCCAGCUUUUGUCGAGCCAAGGAAAUUCAUUUGCGACUUGGGCUUAUGUUCAAAGUGAACACAGACUAUGAGUCUAGUUUAAAGCAUUUUCAGUUAGCUUUGAUUGACUGCAAUCCCUGCACUUUGUCUAACGCUGAAAUUCAGUUUCACAUUGCCCACUUAUAUGAAAUCCAGUUGUCUGCAUUUCAUGAACACCAAUUAAAAAUCUUUUCUACCAACUUCCCCUUGUUCCAUUUGAAAAGAAAGUAUCACUCUGCAAAGGAAGCUUAUGAACAGCUUUUGCAGAUCGAAAACCUUCCUGCACAAGUAAAAGCAACUGUCUUACAGCAGUUAGGUAUGUAAAAUUAACUUCUGUUUUCCUCUGUGUUUCGUUUUUGCCAUCUUUG